CCAAGAUGGCGGCGCCGAGCGGUCGGUCUCCAUAGACUCUCACUGACAGCCCCAGCCAAGAUGGCGGCGGUGGACGUGGAGGAUGAGAGCGUGCUGGCCGCCGUGUUCCGGGCCGGGUUCCCGGAGAGCUGGCGGGAGAGCCCGGAUUUCGCGGCCUACCUGCUGGAGCUGAGCGGGCUGGGGGUGGAGCGGCUGCGGCGGGAGCCGGACAGGCUGAGCGAUGAGCGGGGGCAGAUCCUGCGGCAGACCCGGGACCUGGCCUUCAGCAACUACAAAACCUUCAUCCGGAGCGCCGAGUGCACCGAGCGAAUCUACCGCGACUUCGGCCGCAUCGAGAGCAGCGUCUGCCGCCUGCUGGACAAAGUGCCCGGCUUCCAGGAGAGCUGCCGAGGUUUUGUGAAACAAGCAGAGGAAAUCAGCUCGAGCCGCCGCAUGAACACCCUAACUCUGAACCGCCACACUGAGAUACUGGAGAUCCUGGAAAUUCCGCAGCUUAUGGACACCUGUGUGAGGAACGGGUACUACGAGGAAGCCCUGGAAUUGGUGGCUUACGUCAAACGCUUGGAGAAGAAGCAUUCCUCGGUUCCUGUAAUCCAGGGAAUCAUCAAUGAGGUCCGCCAGUCUGCACAGCUCAUGUUAACCCAGCUCCUCCAGCAGCUUCGCAGCAACAUCCAGCUUCCUGCCUGCUUGCGAGUGAUCGGUUAUCUCCGCAGGAUGGAUGUGUUCACAGAGGCUGAGCUUCGAAUCAAGUUCCUGCAAGCACGAGACGCCUGGCUACGAUCUCUGCAGAACGCAAUCCCACAGGACGAUCCCUACUUCCAUCUCACGAAAACGAUCGAGAGCUGCAGAGUUCAUUUAUUUGAUGUAAUCACUCAGUACCGUGCAAUCUUUUCAGACGAGGACCCUCUUCUGCUCUCACCUCUUCCCCCCGGGGCUUUACCAGUGAGUGAAGGUGCCAUAUUCCACGGUUGGGUGUUGCAGAAAAUCAGUGAGUUUCUGCAGGUCCUGGAGACGGAUCUUCAUAGAGGAGUGGGCGGGAGGCUGGACUCUCUCCUUGGUCACUGCAUGUAUUUUGGGCUUUCGUUCAGCCGUGUUGGUGCAGACUUUCGUGGCCAGCUUGCUCCCAUAUUCCAGCGCGUUGCAGCCGAAAGCUUUACAAAGGCUGCGCAGGAAGCGGUUGAAAAGUUCCAGGAGGACAUGAACACGUACACUUUGUUCUCCGCUACCACAGGUCUUGGCAGUGGCAUCCCACCAAUGUCAUUGCCCCCAUCCCAACCUGGGACAUUGCAGCCCCCCAUGGUGCUGCUGGACUUUCCCCCGCUUGCCUGCUUUUUGAAUAACAUUCUGGUUGCCUUUAAUGACCUCCGUCUCUGCUGUCCUGUGUCACUAACUCAAGAGGUGACUACGACUCUUCAAAAUGCUCUGGAGAAGAUUGUUCAGACCAUCCUGUCCAUUCAUCGAGCAGAGGAAGCUGCAUUUAGUGCCCAAGAGCGUGAACUUUUCAUCCAGUUCUGCACUGUGUUCCUGGAGGACCUGGCACCAUAUUUAAACCGCUGCCUACAAGUUCUCUUCCCACCGGCGCAGAGGGCUCAGAUCCUGGGUGUCGCACCAACCCAUCUGUCCCGUUAUGGCAAUUUAGGCUCCAUUGAUCUUGGCGUGCUGCAAGAAGCAUUGGAAGGAUUACUGCCUCAGAAAGAGCCUGUGCUGGUUCCAGAGACCGAAAAUGUCCCUGGUCCAGACCCCACCCAGGAUAUUUCUAUCACACCUACAGACCAUCUCAAACAGGCUAAAGAGAAUGAUGGGCAGCCACAAGCAUCACCCAAUGAAAAUACAGCUGGGGGAGGUGGACAGUGACUAUCGUACUGACCGUAAACGGCGCCUUAUAGAGCAAGCGAGGGCUUGCUCCAUCCUGACUCUUUAUAUUGUGGAAGGGGGCAGUUAUAUAAUGGUACUAAAGGUGUUUAUUAAUCGCAACCAAUCAAUAUCGACUCCAAUCCUCCCUGGUUGUAGAUUGAUUCUGUUCCUGAUUCUAAAGGAUAUUGGUGCUGGUUAUACACAAUUUACUCUUAACUUAUGUCUCGACGACUUUGUGUCUGUAUUUUCGGGGGUGUAAUGUAGUAAGACAAACACAAUGAGUCAGUCAUCUAGAAAGGCCCUGUGGGUCAGUUAGAUUAUUUGAGUAUAUAAACAUAUACAAGUUAUUAAUUUAAAUUGUGAAUGGGUGACAAUUUGCAUUACUCUAUUGAUUGUUGCUGUAGAUUGCUCGGGGAGCAGUAUGCAUGUUUCUGAUUACACAGAAUCCUUUGCACACAACCUUGAAUAGUAAACGAGUUCGGCGGGGUACCCAGAAUGAUGGCCAUUGAUAAGAUUGACAUCGUAGCUUUAAUCAACACGUUUCACUAUUGAAUCAAAUGUUCUCCAAACAAUAACUGAAUUAACAUGCUGUGGAUUACAUUUUACCCAUAAUGGGAGCACUUUCAAGUAAUGAUUCCUCCUAGCACACCAACUACCCGAGUAUAGACCCAACGGAUGAAGUAUUGUACCUUUCCAGACCAGUGAUGGCUGACCGUGAACAUCGUAGGAAUCUUAAACACUACAGUUCUUAUGUCCUUUCUGCCUGAGAAAAAUCUGUUCUGUUGUUACAAUAUGGUGAAAGACUGUGGCAUAGUGUGAGAAAAUACUACCACUACCUUCAGAGUAGUAGCUGCAUGUCCUACCCUUCCAUUGAAAUGAUUACACAUGAAAUAGAAAGGGUAGUAGAUACCUGGAAUAGCCUUCCAGUGGGAGCAGUAAAGGCUAACAGUGAUAUAG